AAUACAAUUUAUACAUCGGCAAAACCUAAAACCCUAAUCCACUCUUUCCAAAAGCCCCCCUUCUCUUCUGUUUUCUCCCUAGUCUUCCCGCAGUUCUCAUCUUCCUCUCUCAACAUGCCUAAAUCUAAAAGAAAUCGUCCUGUUACCCUUUCCAAGACAAAAAAGAAAGGAAGGGAGCAUAAGGAGGCAAUUGUUAACUCAAUAAGGGAAGCAGCUGAGAAGUACUCCUCGGUUUAUGUCUUUGCCUUCGAGAAUAUGAGAAAUCUUAAAUUUAAAGAGUUCAGAGAUUCUCUUAGAACUUCUGGAAGAUUUUUCCUUGGAUCACACAAAGUCAUGCAGGUUGCAUUAGGGCGUUCUGCUUCUGAUGAGAUCAAAUCAGGUCUUCACAAAAUCUCAAAGUUCCUUCGAGGAGACACUGGUCUUUAUUUUACAAAUGCAUCUGAGGAAGAGGUCAAAAAGGUAUUUGACGAGUUUGAAGUCUAUGAUUUUGCAAGGACGGGUAGUGUAGCCACUGAGAAGGUUGAGCUUAAAGAAGGGCCUUUGAGUGAAUUUAGCCAUGAGAUGGAGCCCUUCUUACGCAAGCAAGGGAUGCCUGUCCGCCUGAACAAAGGUGUGGUGGAGCUUAUCUCGGACUUUGUUGUUUGUGAAGAAGGGCAACAUUUGUCACCAGAGGCAGCUCGUAUCUUGCGUCUUCUUGGCUUCAAAAUGGCUCCCUUCAAGCUUCAUCUAAUCUGCAGUCUAAGAGGAGAUGAUUUCGAGUUAUAUAGAGAAGGGCUCGAAGGAUCAGACAUCGAGUCAUCGUAAAAUUGUAUCUUUCCGGUGAUUGAAGCUUAGAUAGGGAGUGAUGGGGCUUUUCGCCAGCCUUUUUGUUAAACGCUAUUCAACUGCGGCGUUCUUGAUUGUUUAUUAGCAAUGUUCAAAAUAUAUUAAUGUAAUAGUCAAAAGACUACAACAAUCUCUGAAAUUAAUUUUGCAUACUUUUAUUGACUUGAUCGAAGUUUAAUAGUAAUAGAGUAAUAUGACUGGGCAUA